AUGUACUUAAACUAUUGCCAAAAAAUUCAGAAAUUUGUUUUAGAAUCUAUUUUUCCUUUCUUUGCAAAAAUGGGACAAGGGAAGAAUUCCUCGAAUUUUAGGAUUGUGUUCUUGAAGGCUGGAGAGCGUUCAGUAGACUGCAAAUACAGUCCCAAGUUUGGCUUUUACUCUUCUCUCCACGGUUUGCUGAGAUUGACAGCAAGUCGGUGCUCAUUUCCCACCUUGUCUCUUCAGGUCUACACUGCAGGUAAACGACCCACCAGUUCAAGUCCCCCUUUUAAAGCGCUCACCCUGAGAGUGGAUGGAAGACUUUCUUUGUUCCCUUAA